CCAAAAACUAAGCUUUUCAUCCCAAAAUCUUGUUGAUAAAUCUAAUUUAAAUAGUAAAAAUGUUUUUCAAUUUUUUAACCAUUUUGUGCGAAAGUCAAGCGAAAAAAACAGUACUUUAAUUUCGUCAAUGCGACUCUCCUUUAUUUCUUCACACAUAACAGAUAUAAUAUUCAGAAUGCGCAUUCUUUACUUUAACACUGACAAAAAAGAGAAUCAUGACCCUUUCACCCUUCUAUACGACAGUAAUAACACUUCUAUGUCACACUUCAUUUCGCCGUCUCGGUCUCUUGACUUUCCACCUGAGAUCAUUCAAAAGAUCGUCCACUUUAUUCCGCGAUCCAGUUUGACCGCUGCCGUCAGCGUCAACCGCACAUGGUACUCAUUAGCUAUGCCCAUUCUUUAUCGCCAUCUUUACGUACGAACGCUACCGCAUUGGCUUUUACUCAUGCGCACUUUUUCAGAUUCAGCGUUUGCAGCUCAAUUCGGGCCGCAUGUCAGAUCACUUGUAUUGAAACCUUCCCCACCUUUAAUAUCUUCUCAAUUAACGAGCUAUAUAAACCACCGUGUCAUAGAAAAUGACGAUAACUUACAACCCUCAUUGAGAGGUUAUGUAAGGCUUGAGCGCGUAAACUUCAAUCAUACUGGAUUAGAAGGGGUAGAGACACCCAUGUUCGACGAUAAGGACGACAACAGCGUUACUUUUAGCCGUCCAGAUGAGCAACGACACGAUGCAGCUGCAGCAGACAGAGAAGACGAACAAGUCGGAAGACUGCAUGAAAAUUACCAAGAAAUGGACACUACUCAAAAAGAAGCAGAAUGGUUAUCUUUUGUUACAGACGCACAAGUCAACUCCAUCUUGGAUUAUGCACCACAGAUAGAAUACCUCAACUUAUCAGGCUGUGAAAAUAUCACAGAAGAGAUUUUAAUACAUAUGGCUUCCAUAAAGAGAGCGGCAACAGCCACCAAAGCUAGGCCCUUAAAAGGACUGUGGUUGAGUUUGUUGAGAAAUAUGACUGCACGCGCUCUGGAGAGUGUGAUGCAGGCUGAAAUCGACCUUUUCCCUACAGCAUCCACAAACCAAAGACAGCUAAAGCAUUUGGAUUUAGGAUUUCAGGUCAAUAUAACAGAUGAAACAAUCUAUAAACUUGUGCAAUGCUGGGGUUCUUCUUUGACUCAUUUACGUCUCAAUUCCAUGUACGAACUUACAGAUGCCGCUGUGCAUUCAAUAAGUACCUAUUGCCCGAAUUUACGAUUAUUACAUUUGGUGCGAUGCUGGAAAAUUAAUAAUGACUCACUCCAGUUGCUGUCUAGAAACUGUAAGCACCUCACUUAUAUUUCUAUUGCUUUCUUGAGCCGAACAGAUGAAGAAGGUAUCAAACAUUUAAUCUAUUCCUGCCCUGAAUUAAGGUGGUUGGACGUGACAAAUUGUGGAAUCUCAACCUUCUUUAAAAAUGUUAUUUUGGAGGCAUGGCAUAAUUAUCGACGAGAUCAUGGUUUAUCACCUGUAAAAAUUCUGGAUCGCACUAUGUUUCUCCUAUAAAACAAUAAAAUAAUCUUGCCAUUUGGUCUUUUUUCCAUCUCACGUUGAAAGACGAAUAUUGAUCUGCUGCUGAUGGUGGGGUUAUCUGAGUGUUUCAUUUGAUACUCCGCCAAGGUUCAUUUGCGCGUGUGUUUUUCAAUGGCUCUUUUCCAUUUUCUGUAAACU